UAACGUGUAUCCGAGCUCAUAUUCUGUUAUGACGUGUAUCCGAGCUUAUAUUUGCUGUCAGUUCUGAUAGCCGCGGUUUUUUCUGCCCUUCUACUUGUCAAUCCGCCGAAUCACCAUUGUUUACGCAAAUAAACAUUUGGAAUACUUAUUUGGUGUUUGUUGUUGCCCAGAACCCGCAAAGUAGUAUAACACUGGCGACGAGAAGCGUGGGCAACAAAUUGUUUUAGUCGGCGUGGUUAAUUUGUCAUGCAAUGUCGCCACCACUGUCAACAUCGGGGUUCGACGACGCCGCCGCAAUUCCACCGAACUUUUUGGAAUUUUACGAUACCAAAUCGAAGUUUAAGAGGUGGGUCCAGCGUCUGGAAGGGGCUUUCAGCCUGUAUAACAUAUCACCGAGCAAGAAAAAUGCGUAUUUUUUGCAUUAUAUCGGAGCUGAAUUAUAUGACACAUUAUGUGAUCUAGUUUCACCGUGCAAGCCAGAAUCCAAGACGUACGAUGCUAAUGUAGCGGCGCUUACCAACUACCUCGAUCCAGUUCCGCUAGAAAUAGCGGAAUAUUUCGCUUUCCAUCACAGACAUCAACAAGAGGGUGAAACAGUUAAGGAAUAUAUGGCAGUGCUCAGAAGAAUGGCGGCUGGCUGCAAUUUUGGAUCCUUUUUAGAAACUGCUUUGAGAAACCAACUGGUUUGUGGCCUUAGUUCACAGAAGAUCAAGGACAGGUUGCUUGAAACCAGAGAUUUGAAGUUGCAAACUGCAUUUGAUAUUGCUGUGGGAAUGGAAGUUAGCCAUAUUGAAGGGGAAAAAACAAAAGAUGUUAAUGCACUCCGUAUGAACAUGAAGAAACAGUGGCCUACAAUGAAUAAUUCACAAUCUAAAAAUAACCAUGUUCAGGAUUCUCACUCAAAAAUUUGUUACCGUUGUGGAGGGGAUCACAGUGCAAACAAGUGCACUUGGAUUAAUGCAAGUUGUAAUUAUUGCCACAAGAUUGGCCAUAUUAAGAAGGCAUGCCUGAAGUUGAAAAAUAACCAAAAGGUGAACUUUGUGGAUACUGAAGAUCCAGAAAAAGAUGUUGUACAAUAUGUGUAAUUAUUGUCACCGCGUCAGUUGGCACAGAAAAACGGGAAAACUUGAAGUUGUAUGUUGUUGAAGGUGCCAGGCUUCCACUACUGGGCAGGGAGUGGAUUCGAGCAUUCACAUGGGCCAAUUUCAGGGACUGUUUGGCUUCUGUUCAUAGCAUUGAAACAGGUAUAGUUCCGCUUUCUCUACAAUCAUUGUUAGACAAACACAGUAAACUUUUCCAAGAAGAGGGGCUAGGUGAAAUAAAGGGCGAGCCAGUGGCUUUACAUC